UGUACACUUCGAGCAAAUACUCCAGUUUAGGUGAAGAAAGCUAAAGAAAACACAACUUGAGCAUACUCAGUGACACCAAGGGACUUUAGAGCGAGAUCAUUAGAGGACCAACUGAUAUGAACGCAUCAGGAUAUUUACAGUCGUAUGGAUGGAAAGAGGGAGAGGCCCUUCAGAAGCACGGGAUCAAGAAGCCCAUUCUCGUGAAACAUAAAAAGGAUACCAAGGGUUUAGGGCACGAGAAGAACGAUGCAGACAUGUGGUGGGAGAGAAUGUUUGAUGGCCAGUUGAAGAACCUUGAGGUGAACUCGGGGUCCAAGGGAGUCUCAUUUGAAAGCAACCAGCAGCAAGUGAUCAGGGAUGUGCGGAAGGCCACCUCGCCCUUGUACAGAAUGUUUAUCAAGGGGGAGGGAUUGAAGGGAACCGUGGAAAAGAUUGACCACAUGACCGUCAAGGAAAUCAAAGUGGAUGCCGCCAAGGUGAUACUGGAGAUCGAGGGGGCAUUCAAAAAGAGCAAGAAGGAGAAGAAGGAGAAGAAAGAGAAGAAAGAGAAGAAGGAAAAGAAGGAGAAGAAGGAAAAGAAGGAGAAGAAGGAGAAGAAGGAGAAGAAAGAGAAGAAGGAAAAGAAAGUGAAAAAGGAGAAGAAAGAGAUAAAGGAAAAGAAAGAGAAAGUGAAGUUGUCGAAGGGCAAGUCGUCCCAAUCAAAAUCUUACAAAGUCGAGAAACCAAAAAAGGCUCGUAAUGACUAAUGAACUUUUCCACUAGAUUACAUAGAACGAGGCCCGGUAACCUCAUACACACAACAUAAUAGAUCACCGUACAAGGACUCCUCUGUAAACGAUAAUAUAAAU